GCGAAGUGCGGCGCGCAGCCACAGUUUGCGCAGAGCUGAAAACACAGACUUAGAGCAACCAUGGCACAAGGCCACGGCCACGGUCGUCAAUAACCCAGGCCAGUUCCCGGCAGUCUCAACCGCCAGCGCAGGACGCGAGCAGUUAUAAGCAGGAGCGUUCGAGCGAUGCCGAUUACUCGACUACCCCGAUCCCUCAUGCUUGACGCUGACUGAAACAUAUCACAGUCAUAAUGCCGCGAUUCUACGGGCACCCGCUGGGCGGUCUGCAGCCCUCCAAAUCGGGCUACGUGGAGGUGGUCGACAUGGGCGGGGCGCGACUGUACUGGGAGGAAUAUGGCGCUGCGUCCGGUCGGCCCCUGUUCGCCAUCCUGGGUGCCACAACGAAGAUCCCCUCCAUGGGCCAUUUCGUCCAGGUCGCCGUCGAGCGAGGCUACCGGGUCCUGCUGUAUGAGUCCCGCGGCAUCGGCCGCAGCAGCUGCAACGCGGUAGGCCGCCAGACCACCACCCUGCUGGCAGCUGACGCCCAGGCGGUGCUGGAUGGCGCCUGGGGCACGGACAGCCGCUUCGCACUGUUCGGCAUCUCCAUGGGUGGCAUGGUGGCGCAGGAGUUGCUCUACCGCCUCGUGGCCGCCGGGCAAAAGUCGCGCAUUCUGGCAGCCUCGCUUCACGUCACCAGCCCCGGAAGCUGGCUGCGGGUGCCGUCGUUUCUGCACCUGCCCCUCAUGAUGAUGGCGUUCAAGCCGCCAACUCCCGCACCCGCCAGCUCUGCUGUGCCGGCUGCCGGCAACGCGCCCACAAGCGGGAAACCUGGCGCAGCCAAGAAGGGCGGCGGCGGCGGGGCCAUGUUCACAGACGAUGCAGACUUCGCGGCGCGCUAUUCACUGGACACGGUGUUUGGAAAGGCUUGGCUGGACGGCCCGGCGCCACCCGAGGCCACCGACCCUGCCGCCAUAGGUGUCAACCCCGCCACCGCCAUUGCAACACCAGUCGUUGGCGCAGCUGCUAUUGCCAAGCCACCUGAGUUGGCUGCAGCAGGCGACGGGGCUGGGGGCGCUGUGCAAUUGCACGUUAACGCCGGCGCAGGAGGUGACGCGGCGGCGGCGAAUGGAGGCAGCGGCAGCGCUGUGCUCACAAGGCGCGAGGCGGUGUGGCGCGUGUUCACGGUGCACUGGCGCGAGACGCUGGCCCUCCACGCACCCAACGACUACCCGGCUGUCGCCUGCCAUGUCACCGCAGUGCUGAGUCACUACCUGCAGCCCCACAGGGCCGCCGCCAUCCGCGCCGCCGGUCUGCGCAUCAGUGUGGGCGUCAGCACCGCGGACCCCUUCUUUCCGGAGGCGGCGCAGCGGCAGCUGGCCACGGCCCUGGGCGCGGCGGUGGUGCAGGUGGUGGGCACAGGCCACUUGGAUGGAGCCAUGCUGGACGGUGUGUAUGGCGCCUUUGACGGAGCGCUGGGGUGGCUGCUCGACACGGCCAGCAAGCAGGAGGCCUCUGCAGGAGGAGCGGGGAGGUAGUGGGAAAUACGUCCAGAUAUACUGGAGAUCCUGAGAACCCAGAUGCAGACUGGCAUGGCUUGUGACAGCCGGCCGUGACUCUGACGUGAACUCGAUUAAUGUGCUGAGGGGCUUUGCCUGUGCGGGGCCAGGGCAGCCUUAGUGUUGCUGUGUGUACGUCAUGACCCUCCACUGAUGUGCAUAAGCAUGCCGGCCAGUUGACUUGUGGGCAAGCUACCAAUGUGCACUCAUUUGGGCUGCGCCAGCAGCAGCCGGGAGGGCGGGUGAGGGAGGGCGCGAUCGGGCGCUGUGUGUGAAGGGGAUGUGCUGCACGUUACCUAGACGCGUUUACGUUGAGUAGCAUUAACAAACUCGAGGGCAAGCUCAGCCAUGCGGGCAUGUCCAGAAUUUCCACCACGUCUGACACGCAUGAUGCCAUGAUCAAGUCAUCAUUUGCAGCGUUGGUUGAUGUUGAAAAGCCCCCGGCGUCGGGAGUACGGAGACAAGUGUUCCCCGGUCACGGGAAAAGGGACAGAGCCCCUCCACAGUCUGAGGCCGAACAACCGGCCGACUUUUACCUGCCGCCUAUUUUUCUGCAAUAAUACGUGGCGCUCGCGGUUUGCGCCAGGUUGGCACUUUUUGUCGACGCAGGCAGGCAGGCAGGCAGGCACGGACAGGGGCAAUCCUGGGGGGCUUCGCCCCCCCUGGAUCGCUUCGCUCGGGGGGCUCAGCCCGGUGCGGAGAAAGCAUGGGGCCCACGUGCGUGUACGGCCGCAUCCCCGUGCCAGUUCGAGCCUUCACCCGGGCCCGAACUUGUGCCAGCCAGGGCGAUGCCUAGUGGAACGCCAUGUUCAUGAAGUGUCCGCAUUCACAUGACAAGCGUCCAAGCGAUGGCAGUCAUCGUGCGCAGACAGCACAGUGGCACAGUGGCAAGACUGCCGCGCGUGCUCAACAUUUCCUGAAGUUCGA